AAACAUCCAUGUGCCAUCCAUAUUAGCUGACAUGACCACAUCGCACAUCUUGUCCGCCGUGGAUCCCACAACCGGACUCAGUGGCAAUGUGACGACAAACGGCGGCGGUGGUGGCACUGCCGGGAGUGGAUCUCCCCAGCACAUAAGCCACAAUGGCCAUGGACACGGCCAUAAUCAUGGACUGGGAGGAGUGGUGGCAGUGGCCGCCGGUGGUGCCAGUGGAUCCGCCGGUAAUGGUGGUCACCGUGUGGUUGGUGGAGCCGGAAGCCCCAAUGAAUUGGAUCGCAAUCUGCGCGUCUCCCUGGACGAUAGGGAGCUGUGGCUGCGAUUCCAGAAUCUCACCAACGAGAUGAUCGUCACCAAGAACGGCAGGCGCAUGUUUCCCGUGGUGAAGAUCAGCGCCUCCGGACUGGAUCCCGCCGCCAUGUACACCGUACUGCUGGAGUUCGUCCAGGUGGACACACACCGCUGGAAAUACGUCAACGGCGAAUGGGUCCCUGGGGGUAAAGCCGAGGUACCGCCCUCUAAUCCCAUCUACGUACAUCCCGAGUCCCCCAAUUUCGGAGCCCACUGGAUGAAGGAGCCCAUUUCCUUUGCCAAAGUGAAACUGACCAACAAAACCAAUGGAAACGGACAGAUAAUGCUCAACUCCUUGCACAAGUAUGAGCCACGAGUGCAUUUGGUUCGCGUGGGAUCCGAGCAGCGUCACGUGGUGACCUAUCCGUUUCCAGAGACCCAGUUUAUAGCCGUGACUGCCUACCAGAACGAAGAGGUCACCUCGCUCAAAAUCAAGUAUAAUCCUUUUGCCAAGGCAUUCCUGGACGCCAAGGAGCGACCAGACACACUGUAUCCUCAUGACACACACUACGGAUGGCUAAUCCCUCCACCCACUCACUACGCCUCGGCUGCAGCGGCUGCCGCAGUAGCUGCACCGCCGCCUCCGCUGCCCAUUGCCCAGAGCCAUGGCCUGGUGGCACCGUGUCCCAGUGUCUCCUCAACCUCUUCAGGAGUCUCCUCCGUGGGAGGCACUUGCGACCGCUACGGGCGAUCGCUCUCCGGCAGGAGCUCAGUACCCACUCGGUCCACUCCGUACAGCCGACCACGGGUUGUUUCUGGUUCUGGAUCCAAUGGAAGUGCUGGAAAUGGAUCCUCCACCUCACCACAGCCACCAUCGGCUCCGCAAACGCCCACCAGCCUCCAAUCCACCUCGACGGGAUCGGCCUCCGGCUCGGUGAGCACAAGCGUUGGUAGCAGCACCGGCGGAGUUGGAUCCGCAGCCGGAGCCGGUUGCUUCAGCAGUUCCUAUUCCCAGUCUGGCUUCAUGCCAGUGGAGGCCAGUCCCACGGCCUCAGUGUUCUCGUAUCCCAGCAGCUGGCAGAGCAAUGGAAACUAUUGGAACGCCACCAGCGUGCCAGGACCCAUGCCCAUGAAUGUGUGCAGUAGCCGUAAUAUCUCCACCCACAACUCGCCUUCGCCGACGAACGGAUCCCCCAGCUAUACAACCUCGUCGCCCAGCUACACAAUCCACCACCUGACGCCGCACAGCCAUCAGUACAACAUGGCCCAGACGGACAUCUACGGAACGGGAGUGGGUGUGGGAGUGGGCACAGGUGCUGGGGCCUCGGGAUCCCCGCAAGCGGCGUACGGAGCCACACACCAGGUGUACCAUCCCACGCCCACCUCACCCUCCCACCAGUUGUACACCAAUGCGGUAUUGAACGCGCCCACGGCACUAAGCUAUCCGGCCAGUGGAUGGCACAACGGCUCCGGGGCCGAGUAUGGACUCUAUCAGAAUGCCGCCGCGGCGUACUACCAACCGGAGUACAUUCCACUGGAAAUUGGUUACGCCGCCCAUCCGCUAGAGCCCGUUGACGUGUCCAAGACGCUGGACGACCCCCAGGCUGCCAUGUACAAGCCGAGCGAUGAGCAGAGCUCCGUCAUCACCCUAGAAUGUGCCGGAUCCGGCCUGAAGGGCUCUCACAACGACAUCAAGCUGGAGACCGUAGAGCGAGGCGCCGUUUCCGGUUCCGUUCCCACUGCCGUGGUUAGUGGCACGGCGGCAGUAAGCGCCGACACCUGGACGCCUCUCACCCCGCCCCAGAGUACGCUGCAGUAGGCGAUUUGGAUCAAGAAUAUAGCGGAAGAUGCAGCACAGACCCCAGCCUUUAGACGCAUGACCCCAUGGAUGUUCGAUAAAAUUAGAAUUAAUUGUUUUAUUUUAGUGAAGCUAUAACGAUAAUGCACAAGAAAUCGGUCCAAUUGUAGAAAUAUAUAUAUUAUAACAAAUAUACGCUAUAAA